AUGUCUGCCAAUCAGGUCACAAAACUUUUAUCAAACCUCCUCUGCGACUCCUCGCCCGACGCACCUAUACUCGAGUCCAACCAACGCCAAGCCCUCAUUCUGGCUGCGCAGACGAAGUAUGGAAGGGAAACCAUGGGCCCCAUCAUCCGUCGCAUCUUUGCGAACCUAAGCGUUACGCCUGGCACUACAUCCGUGCAAGCUUUGGUUCAAUUUGGCCCGGACAUCACAAGUGAUGUGGAUGCUAUUCGCGCCCUCCUGGAACGUUUCGGCAUUUCUGACGCGAACCCGCCUCGCGAUGCCGAGGUUAUGGAGAUGAUGACGACUCUAGGUCGCCUUGCCGCGGAGGGUUCAGUUUUAUGUGACGUUGGGGCACUUGUCCGCGCUCUUGGGACUUAUCAUGUCAAAAUAAGUUGGCCAAGUGUCAUUAAAUCGUUUGACUGGCCAGAUCGUCACGGUGUGGAUACUGCUACGCUCAAGUUGUUAAUUGCCAUUCUUCUCAAUUCACCUCGCGACGUUGAGCCUCAUGCAGUCACUGGAUUUUGGGAAGCAUGGUCGAAUUCCCUCUAUCAGCUGCGCCUCCUCGAUGCUUUGCUCUCCCUCCCCGCCGAUACGUUUAAUUUUGUCCAACUACCUGGGCGCAGGAUCGUGACAGUAGAUGAUGUAGCGGUUGCUAGCCCCACGAUUAAAUCCCUUGCUGCGAAUGUCCAAGGUCACACAUGGAAUUCGUUGGAGCUAUUUCAGGUUCUCGUUCGCCUCGCUGGCUCUGAUUCCUCUGAAGUGCGGAAUUGCGUACGGGAAAUGUUGGACAAAGCGAUCAAGAUCAGCGCAGAGCUCGUGCACAUGGGUCUUUUGCAAGUGCCUGAUUCACCAUGGAACGACAUUCGACUUGAGUACUCGCGAAAACUCCUUGCCAUGUUCCUCGCUGGGCAUCCCAAUCAUCAACUAGUAUUCAUGAGAAUAUGGCAGAUCGAGCCAUCUUAUCUUACCGAUGCCUUCCGGGACUUUUAUGACGAGAAUCCUUUGAAUAUCACCCGAAUUCUUGACGUGGCACAGGACCUCAAAAUUCUUGAAUCUUUACUCGACGUGCGUCCCUUCACAUUUGCACUCGAUGUGGCCGCCCUUGCCUCUCGCCGCGAAUACCUCAACCUAGACAAAUGGCUCGCUGACAAUGUUGCGAACCAUGGCGGAGAGUUCCUUCACUCUAUUAUCCGCUUCCUGGAACAGAAAAUGGAAAGCGAGAAAACAUGCCGUCUGUCUGAUCCCGCCGUUGAAAGUCGAACGAUGUCACUCAAUCCUAAUACAAUCACCAUAAUACUCCGCGUUCUCAGAAAUAAUUCCGCGGCUAUGCUUGAAGGUGAUAUCGAGGCUUGCCGUGAAGUUCGAAAUGCCUGCCUUCAAGUACAUCCACGCCUCAUGAGUCUUAUACCCGGAUCAGACAUCGAACCUGGAUUGACGGUUGUCACAUAUUCUGCUGAAAUCGAAGCUGAAGUUGACGGCAUUUACCAACAAAUGUACGACGAAAACACUUCCAUUGAUGACGUCAUUGCCAUGCUACAACAACACAAAGAGUCCGCCAAUCCCCGCGAUCAUGAAGUGUUCUCUUGCAUGAUCCACUUUCUCUUUGACGAAUACAAAUUUUUCCAAUCCUAUUACCCCGCUCGUGAACUGGCGAUGACCGGCUACCUUUUUGGUUCACUCAUUCGACACCAACUCAUAGAUUACAUCCCUCUCGGCAUUGCCAUUCGGUACAUCCUUGAUGCGCUCAACUGUCCACCAGAAACAAAUUUGUUCAAGUUUGGCAUACAGGCGUUGGGCCGAUUUGAAUUUAGACUCACGGAAUGGAGACCCUUAUGUGAAGCAUUACUUCAAAUACCCCACCUUGCUGAAGUCCGACCUGAUUUGAUGGCCAUUAUUCAACGAGGGCUGGCAUCUAAUACGAAUUCCAAUGGGAUGAACCAAGAUUUGUUUGCUCCAAGUUCAAACCCUCCGGCGGACCCACCUCCCGUCUUCACUGCCAUUCAACCUGACUCUAUCGACGACGAUCUUGAAAUGCCGCCCGAAGAACUUUCAGAUCGAAUUCUGUUCAUCGUGAACAACUUGGCACCUAGUAAUUUCGACGUGAAGUUGGAUGAAAUGCGCGAACAAUUCAUCGAUGACUAUUCUCGUUGGUUUGCCAACUACCUCGUGGAUCAACGAAUCAGCUCGGAGCCCAAUAACCACUCACUCUACCUUCGAUUUUUGGACGCCCUAAACCGACAGAAACUGUCCAAAUUUGUCUUGCAGGAAACUUUUAUCAAAGCUGCCGCCUUGCUGAACUCUGAACGAAGCAUGCAAUCUGGCUCGGAUCGUAAUACAUUGAAGAACGUCGGGGCCUGGCUUGGAACAAUCACACUGGCUCGUGACCAGCCAAUAAAGUUUAAGAAUUUAUCGUUCAAGGAGCUACUCAUCGAGGGUUAUGAAAGUAGUCGGCUUAUCGUCGCGAUCCCAUUCGUUUGCAAAACACUUGAACCUUGCGUAAAAUCGAAGGUUUUCAAACCGCCGAACCCUUGGUUGAUGGCCGUCAUGAGCUUGCUUGCGGAGCUUUACCACUUCGCUGAGCUCAAGCUCAACCUCAAGUUUGAGAUAGAGGUCUUAUGCAAAAGCCUCGACAUCAACCUUGACGCGGUCGAGGCAACGACGAUCUUGCGGAAUCGGCCGCUGGAGUCAUUAGCAGGACUUGCGUUGCCUGAAUAUCCAGCGGACAUAGACGCCAUGCCUAUCGGCGGAGAUCACUUGUCUACCCAACUUGGUGACUCUCAGGUUCUUGUACUUGGCCCCCAAAGUUCACCAGAAUCCCAACGCGCAGUUGGUGCCCACAUCGAAGCUAUUCUUCUGAAUCUCUCCCAUCAAGUCCAAAUAAAUGCCCAACUAUCGCCUCUCAACGUCAAUCACGCUUUCAAACGUGCAGUACAGCUUGCGGUUGACCGCGCUGUGCGAGAAAUCAUUAUUCCUGUCGUCGAACGCUCAGUUACAAUUGCGGGAAUAUCUACUCGUGAACUUGUCACCAAAGACCUUGCGACAGACCCCAACGAGGACAAGGUAAGGAGGGCAGGUCACUUGAUGGCCCAGAAGCUUGCAGGCAGCUUGGCACUUGUGACGUGUAAAGAGCCGCUGAAAAGCAACCUUGCAACGCACCUCCGCCAAUAUUUGAAUGAACACGGAUUUAAUGAGCAGUUGGUCUCUGAGCAAGUUGUACUUCUCCUGGUGUCCGAUAAUCUGGAUUUUGCUUGCACAGCAAUCGAGAAGGCUGCCAUGGACCGAGCGGUAUCGGAUGUCGACGAAGGUUUCGCCACAUCUUAUGAAUCCCGAAGACGACAUCGUGAGCAAAGAAACGGACAACCGUUUUGGGAUCCAGCUGCGCCACGCUCCAAUUUCUCGUCCACCCUUCCUGAUCCACUUCGAAUCAAAUCCACCGGCCUCCAGCAGCAUCAAUUCAGACUAUAUGAGGAUUUUGAUGUCAAGCGGCGGCCGGAGAGCAGGCCCAACUCCUCCAAUUCUUUCAAUGUUAUUGCACCAUACGCACGAACACCUUCGAUCGAUCAUGUUAUGCUUAACCAAGCAUUAUACAAUCAUCAAGAUGCGAUGGAUCGCUUCGGGGUCUUGACACGAGACUUGGAAGCCGUCAUGGUUCAAAUACCAACGCAGUCGCUUGCCGCCUUGCCACCGAACCACGACAUUCGUCAUCUAGUCCAGCAAGUUGUGAUUCUUGCCGACGAGACUGCUGACCGAGAGCGGACGCCCUUGAUGAUGUCUCAAAAAAUUGUUCAACUGCUGUAUAAGACACCUUCCCAACUUGGGCGUGAGGUGUAUGUUGCUCUCCUCGAUCAACUCUGUCGCACCUUCGAAGAUGUGGCGAAAGAAGCGAUCACAUGGCUAUUGUAUGCAGAAGACGAACGUAAAUAUAACGUCCCGGUUACAUUGGCUCUUCUAAAGAGCGGUUUGAUCAAUACCACCUUGCAAGAUCAACAGCUGGCAAAAGUUCUUUUCACUGACCCUCGCCCAACUUUGCUUGCCUACACCGCUGCGUUGAUACGUGAAUGCUUGUCUAGCGACCCGCCCGUUGCUUCACAAAACCAGUUCCAGUACUCCAUCGAGAUUCUUAGCCAAUUGUCUCAGAACGGCAAAGGAAGUGAAGAGUAUCGAUCUGCCACUCCUUCUGAACUAAUUCAUCGCCAACCAUCCGUCAAGCCGGAAACUGAGCAAUUACGAGAUAAACUUUUCAUAUGGUUCCAGCAAUGGGUUAACAUAUUCCAGAGAUCUCACUCCCCCGAAAAGAACUUUGUGCCUUUUAUCACCCAACUAACAAAACAAGGAAUUCUCAAAGUCGAAGACGUGUCGUCUUUCUUCUUCCGCGUCUGCGCCGAAUCCAGCGUCAACAGCUACAUUAAAUCUAUAUCCGUUGGCGACUAUGACUACGCCUUUCAAGCCCUGGACGCGGUGUCGAGGUUGAUCGUUUACAUCAUCAAAUAUCACGGAGACGCUUCCGGUGUGAAUAACGAUCAGGCGAAGGUCCAUUACAUGACUAAGAUUCUUUCUAUCUUUGUCCUUGUUCUGGCAAAUCUACACGAGGAACAAGGCCCAUCAUUCCAACAGAAGCCUUUCUUUAGGUUUUUCUCAAGCCUCGUCAAUGACUUACAGUCUGUGGAGAGUCACCUGGGUCCCGCAUAUUUCCAGCUCUUGAUCGCGAUCAGCGACACCUACAGUUCUUUACAACCAACAUACUUCCCAGGAUUCGCCUUCUCCUGGAUGUGUCUCAUCUCUCAUCGUUUGUUCAUGCCAAAGCUCCUUCUAUCCGAAAAUCGAGAGGGAUGGUCGGCAUUCCAUAAGUUGCUGUUGUCGCUGUUCAAAUUCCUGUCCCCUUUCCUGAAGGAUGCAGACCUCCAGCCAGCCGCUCGAGACUUGUAUCGUGGUGCCUUGCGACUGCUGCUAGUCCUCCUUCAUGAUUUCCCCGAAUUUUUGAGCGAAUAUUAUUUCACCCUUUGCGAUGCAAUUCCUCCCCGUUGCAUUCAACUCCGUAACAUUAUUCUCAGCGCUUUUCCUCCAGCCGUAAUUUUACCCGAUCCCCAUCUUCGCAACGUCAAUUUUGAAUCGAUUCCAGAGAUGGGACCCAUACCACCAAUUUUGUCCGAUUUCACCUCGGGGCUAAAAAGCGGUGACUUGCGAGGCUAUCUUGACCAAUAUCUUCUAAACCGUGGCACCCCCUCUUUCCUUCAUUCGCUCAAAGACCGACUGAGGCUUCCAUCGAAUAGCAACGAAGCUGGAUCCGAGUCGUACAACCUGUCUCUGAUCAACUCUUUGGUCAUGUACAUCGGGGUUUCGUCCGUGGCUCAAGCCAAAGCGCGUAGUGGAUCCGAUCCUGGGGCAGUAGCACUCCAGUAUUUAACCACCAACCUCGACGUCGAAGGGCAACAUCACCUUAUGAGCUCUAUCGUACUACACUUACGCUAUCCGAACGCUCACACCCAUUGGUUCAGCUCUUUGUUACUCCACCUUUUCGUAGAAGUAAAGGAUGACCGCCUCCGAGAGGUUAUGACCAAGGUCUUAUUGGAGCGCUUCAUUGUCCAUCGUCCACAUCCGUGGGGAGCACUCGUGACAUUCAUCGAAUUGCUGCGCAACCCAAAAUAU